CUCUUACAUGCCAUAUAAGUACCCCUUCCUUCCCCUCCCCACAAUGCCAAAGUGCUAUCGCUCUCUGCAGAGGGACAGCUAUUCAUAGGCUGUCUGUCCAGCUCAUCAGAGAAGAGGCUUUUUGGCACGUGCCCCGCCCCCCAAAUCCAUUUUCCCCGUCUGUUUGGAGAAAUUCUGUUGAUUAAAUAAUACACAGGCUUUUUUGAACAAUGAGUUCUUACAACGUGGCACUCACUGGACCUUCACCCUGGGGCUUCCGGUUGCAAGGAGGCAAGGACUUCAACAUGCCCCUCACUGUUUCUAGGAUUACUCCAGGCAGCAAGGCAGCCACUAGCAACCUGAAUCAGGGUGACAUCAUUGUGGCCAUUGAUGGGGUCAACACGGAGGGGAUGACACAUCUGGAGGCCCAAAACAAGAUAAAGUCUGCCAACUUCAAUCUGGCACUCACCAUGCAAAGGUCAAAGCGGCCUACCCCGGUUCCCAUGGCAACAUCAAGGAUUGACUCCCCUAUGCCUAUGAUCGCCCAUCAGAAGGUUAUUACCAACACUCCUGUCAACAAUGAGUACCUGCCCAGCUUCAACCCCAUAGCUCUGAAGGACUCUGCCCUUUCCACCCACAAGCCCAUUGAGGUGAAGGGGCCUGGAGGCAAGGCCACCAUUAUCCAUGCCCAGUACAACACUCCAAUCAGCAUGUACUCCCAGGAUGCUAUCAUGGAUGCCAUUGCUGGCCAGUCCCAGGCCAGGGGUAGCGAGCUGUCCGGUAAUCUGCCAGUUAAAGACCGUGUUAUAGACAGUGCUUCCCCAGUGUAUCAGGCCGUCAUCCCCAGGGAGCUCAAUGAAAUGGAGCCCUCUGAUUGGGCUCUCAGAGCCGCCCAGCUGCAGUCCAAGUCCUUCCGCAUCCUCGCCCACAUUACUGGGACUGAAUACAUGCAAGACCCUGAUGUGGAUGCUCUGAGAAAAUCAAGGGAAAAGUUUGAAUCUGAAGCCAAAGGCCCUCGUUUUGCUAAACUGAAAAACUGGCACAAUGGCCUGUCGGCACAAAUACUUAAUGUGCCACAAUAUACUCCUGCCAAGCAUGCUCCAGUUUCCACCAGGCUUGCACCUAUCUGUCCGCCUGCUAUCGCUGCUUCGCCCAAUGAGCUCCUGUUGAAGCAGCAAUUAGUCUAUCAGGCACCUGAGCAAUCCCUGGUAGACAGCUUCAACUUGGAGACUUCCUCUGGUUACACUUCCCAGUACAAAACCUCCAUCUCCAGUCCUUACACACAGCCUCCAACUAUGCAGCAGCCACCACUCAUGCAGCAGCCACCACUCAUGCAGCAGCCACCACUAAUGCAGCAGCCACCAUUCAUGCAGCAGCCACCACUCAUGCAGCAGCCACCACUCAUGCAGCAGCCUCCACCAAUGCAACAGCCACUCAUGCAACACAGCUCCAUUCAGAUCCCUGUAAAUCCAGCGCCUCCUAAAUUGGUCAGCACUGCCUCCAUUGUGCCUACGGCCUACCAGGUUGCCCCAGCACCAGCUCCAACAAUGGUUCAUGCUCCUGCUCCACCUGCCCCAGCUCCAGCCCCUCCUUCCAGCAGGCCUCCUUGGGUUAUUGAUGAUAAUUUUGCACAGAAAUUUGACCCUAGCAAACCCACUACCACAAGUAUCAAAGUGCAGGCUCUGCCCCAGGGUGCCCCACCACCACCAACCUACAUACCCAACCCCAUCCCUGCUCCUGCUGCUCCAAGUCCUGCUUUCAACCCAUCCUCUCCUUCAUUGAACCCCGCCCCACUUCCACCAGUGGCUCGUGGAGUUGCUCAAAGGGCUGAGCGGUUUGCAGCCAGCAGCAGAACAGCUCUGUGUGCAUCCUGCAACAACAUCAUCAGGGGACCAUUCCUGGUAGCAUUGGGUCGUUCCUGGCAUCCCGAGGAGUUCAACUGCCAUUACUGCCACUCGUCUCUGGCCGAUGUCAGCUUUGUGGAGGAGCAGAAUAAUGUUUACUGUGAGAACUGCUAUGGAGAAUUCUUUGCCCCUACCUGUGCCCGAUGCAAUACCAAGAUCAUGGGAGAAGUGAUGCAUGCACUGCGGCAGACCUGGCAUACUACUUGCUUUGUUUGUGCAUCCUGUGGAAAGCCAUUUGGAAACAGCCUCUUCCAUAUGGAGGAUGGGGAGCCCUAUUGUGAGAAAGAUUACAUUGCUCUCUUCAGCACAAAAUGCCAUGGCUGUGACUUCCCAGUUGAGGCAGGAGACAAAUUUAUUGAAGCUCUUGGCCACACAUGGCAUGAUACUUGCUUUGUUUGUGCGGUGUGCAAUGUGAACCUGGAAGGGCAACCUUUCUACUCCAAGAAGGACAAGCCCUUAUGCAAGAAGCAUGCACACGCCAUCAAUGUGUAGAUGCUUUAACGGUGCAACAGAAGCUGUUGGUUAAAAAAUGCAGUUUUUAUAACAUUUGCAUUUGAGGUUCUAUGGCAAGGCAUCAGUGCCAAUCCAAAUGAAUAGAAAAUCUUACAGAAAAUGACAUGUAAACAUUUAUAUAAUUAUAUAUAUCAUUUUUAAUUAAACAGAUAGGUGUUCUGGCAUAUGCACAUUUUUAAAUCCAAAUUAAAACUCAAUGUGCACAUAGAGGAUGAUAUAUUAGUUCAUUCUUUAUAUUUUAUUAUAAUAAAUGUGCAUACAGGCACUUGUUCGCCUGAUAUACAUUAAUUUAACUGAGGUUACAUCACUUUCACUUUUUGGUUUGCUGAAUUUAAACAGCAUUUUUAUGAUGUUAGUGACUAAAACGUUGAUUUGCGCUCCUUCGUGAGAAUUUAGUUAGAUUCCUAACCAAGUAGCUCAUUCUUUAUUUAGAAUUUAAAUUGGUAUACAUGGAUGUUGUUGUGUUUUUGGUGAAUAUUGUCUAGAGAUGUAUUUGUUCAUGGCCAGGCAUAGUCUUGAGUUGAUGUCAUGCCUCAGAUCAUUCAUAAAUCAAAAACAGAGCCUGAACAAAAAUAUAUGAAUGUUAUUAAGCCUUUACCCAGAAAGGAAUCUUAGUUGUAUUUCUUUUUAUUGCAUUACAAGUUGUUUUCACAAAAAUAACGAGGCCUGUCGCUCUUUCACUUUACACUGAGAUAGCAUACCGAUCUAGUCUUUUAAAUGCUGAAUGGGUCAUUUUUAUGUGCUACAAAUCUUGUUCAUGUGUGAAAGUGAGCAAAUAAUGCAUUUGUGAUAUUAGCAUUAGUGUUACUUUACAUUUGCCAAUUAAAAACCAUAUAAACAGGGCACCUGACAAGGUAAGAAAGUUUAAACGUUCAAUCAGUUCUUGCCCUCACAAUGUACGGUAUGCAAGACUAAAUCGCUGUUUAAUUUCCAGCCUGCCAUGCUGAACUGAGUACCUUAAACUGUUUCUCUUGGUCAUCAAUUAUAGUUGUUUUUAGUUCUGUUAUUUAAUGUGCCCAAAAACUCAAUAUUAAGAUUGUAUUUGCAAAUUACAUAGUGUUCUGAUUUGCACAGAUAAUUUACUUGUUUUCUUUUCCGGGAAGUAGGGAUUGAUAAUUUAAUUUAAUUAAUAAUUUAAUCAACAAGACAAGAUCAAUUUCACCACAUACACAGAAAAGAAAAGUUGGAUAAAUUGGAUUCUUAAUGUUUUCUGGAAAAUUAUAAAAAAUGUGGUAAAUUAGACUUAGUUCUUAGGACUUGUCCCUCAUUUUCUUUAAAAAAAAACAAGAACAAUUUGGUUACAGUGAGGCAUUUACAAUAGAAGUGAAUGGAGCCAAUCUAUAAAUGUUAAAAUACUCACUGUUUCAAAAGUAUAGCCACAACACAUAAACAAUAUGUGUGUUAUCAUGAGUUUAGCUUAGUGUAAAAAAAAAACUAAAACGACUGUAAAAACUAUGAUGUAAAGAGCUUUACAGCUCAAAACAUACAUGAGUUUUAACAGAAGAAUUAAUGUAAGUGCUGUCUUAAAAUUAUAAGCUUCACAUUUCUGUUUAAACCCUCCAAAAAAUUUCUUUAAAGAAAAGUUAUUUUUUAUAGUAAUCAACAUUAUGCCACAAAUGCUGUAACAUGUAUUGAGCCUGUAAAAUACCUUUAAGCUUACAGUUAAUGGAUUUGUUUAAUGCCACUGCAGAAGUUCAACACCAAUGUUUUCACAUUUUUGAAAUUAAGAGCAAUUGUAGACACACAUUUCCCUUCAAGCUGUGUAUAUAUUCAUGUCAUUCUUUUUAAAAAAACAUAUAAGUCAGUAUAUGUUCACUGCCAUAUUUUGAAUUUGAUCUAACCUACCAUAAGUGUUGAGAAGUGUUUUUAGGACUACUUUAGAUUUCAGGUUGAUACAGUAGGGUUAUUAGUUUAAACAGCAGUUUUUCGUGCACGUAAAAUGCCUCUCCUUAAUGAAAUAAAUUAUUAGCUUCUUUUUUUACAGUACACAGCAUUUAUAGCAGCCUUGGUUUCAUGUGUAUGGAUGUACUGUAUAAUUUUAAUACACUGCAGAAAAAGAUACAAGACGUGUUUUCAUCGUGUAAUUUUACACUACUGAAUGGUCACGCUGUAUGUCAGUUUCUUUUCACAUAAUGUAAAACCAUCUUCCAUAUUCACCUGGGAAUUUAAAGUGGGAAAAAAUGAAAACAAAAAUCCUGAAUUUGCUAUUUAUUUGUGUUAGUGUAAGAAAAACACCCUUAAUAAUUAUGUUUACUGUUUUUUUUUUUUUUGUAUUUAUUUUUUUACAUAAAGAAUCUUCAAUGCAGUCUUCUGUUGAAUACUGCAGAUUCUCUCUUUGGGUAUUUAUGUAGGAGAAUAACAAAAAAUGGUUCAAACAGAGAUGUGGAUACUUAAAUAAUAGCUGAAUGUAUUUUUUUUUUUUUUUUUUUCCUUUGGGAGAAAACAAACAGCCUUACUUUGUGCUUGUAUUACCCAAUACCAUGACCUUAAUGUCAAAAUAAUGACUUGUAUUUGCAUUUCAUUUUUGGAACAUGACUAGUACAAAAAAGUUGCUUUAUACAAACUGUCAAAACAAUUGCUCAUAACUUAAAUAUUUUUUGAUUAAAUGUUAUAACACUGUUCUACAGUUUGGACAGCACCGUUAUUUAUUCACGUUUGUAAUAUUUUAAUCACAUUAUUUUUUACAAUUAAAUCUAAGUCAUGUUUAACUUAUACAAUAAAUGGUGAUAAAACUGUUUGAAAGGAAUUUAUGCAAUGUACAGUUUCAGCAAAUACCAUACAACAUGACCACACAUUGGAACAAAUGCAACUGGGUGUAUUUAUAAUGUAUUUCAUUAAUUUAU